AUGUUGCACGGCUACUUCGAGGUACCCAUGAGCGGAAACCCACUGGUGGGAGACGCCGAAGUAUACGCGAAGCCGACCGCACCCGGCAUUCCCCUCCACGCCCACCGCGUCGAGAGCGUCGACCCCAACAGUGUGCUCUGCUCUUCCAAGAUGGGAGACGACUUUCUCAUCCACCACCCUAGGGAUCUGCUCCAGUGUGUGCGGCCCAGUUCCAAUCAGUAUGAGUACGGUCUCGUGCAGUACAGGUACCGCUUUGACGCAGCCAAAUUUAAGAAAGCCAAGGAUUCAGAGGUCAGAACCAAAUCUGGACGUGUCAUCAAGCGAUCUCAGGCGGCCUACACCAAGACGGGGAGAUAUAUCCGGAAGGCGGACGAGGCUCGCAGCAAGUCCAACCGAGUUAUCAAGAAGCCCACGGUCGCCAAGAAAUGA